GCGGGGCGGCUCGUCGGCAAAAAUAGGCAGCGCGGACGAGCAUGAAGAUGGCAGCGGACGAGCCGCAAGCCAAGAAGCCCAAGCUGGAGCCCGCGCGACUUAGUGAAAAUGUGCUCUUUGGAAUGGGAAAUCCUCUCCUUGACAUCUGUGCGGUUGUGGACAAGGACUUUCUGGACAAAUAUGGACUGAAACCAAAUGACCAGAUCUUGGCAGAGGAGAAACACAAAGAACUAUUUGAAGAACUUGUGAAAAAGUUCAAAGUGGAAUAUCAUGCUGGUGGAUCUACACAGAAUUCUGUUAAAGUAGCCCAGUGGAUGAUCCAGGCACCUUACAAAGCAGCAACAUUUUUUGGGUGCAUCGGAAAAGAUAAGUUUGGUGAAAUCCUCAAGAAGAAAACGGAAGAAGCUCACGUGGACGCCCAUUACUAUGAGCAGAGCGAAGUGCCAACCGGGACGUGUGCUGCCUGCAUCACAAGUGACAACAGGUCCCUCGUUGCUAACCUGGCUGCUGCUAAUUGUUAUAAGAAAGAAAAGCAUCUUGAUAUGGAGCAGAACUGGAAGCUGGUGGAAAAGGCUAAAGUUUAUUACAUAGCAGGUUUCUUUCUGACAGUAUCACCAGAAUCCAUAUUAAAAGUGGCCUCUCAGGCAUCCGCAAGCAACAAGAUCUUCAGUUUGAAUCUUUCUGCACCGUUUAUUAGCCAAUUCUACAAGGAACCGAUGAUGAAAGUCCUGCCUUAUGUGGACAUCCUAUUCGGAAAUGAGAUGGAAGCUGCCACUUUUGCGAGGGAGCAAGGCUUUGAGACUGAAGACAUAAAAGAGAUAGCGCGGAAGACACAAGCUUUGCCAAAAGUGAACCUUAAAAGGCAACGGGUUGUUGUGUUUACUCAAGGGAAGGAUGACACCAUUAUGGCCACAGAAAAUGAAGUACGGAGUUUCCCAGUCUUGAUUAGUGACCAGAGCGAGAUUGUUGACACCAACGGAGCCGGAGAUGCGUUUGUGGGAGGUUUCCUCUCCCAGCUGGUCUACGACCGGCCACUGACGGAGUGCAUCCGCGCCGGACACUAUGCUGCCAGCGUAAUCAUAAAGCGUUCCGGCUGCACCUUCCCAGAGAAGCCCGACUUCCACUGACGCUGGGAGACCCACGAGGCCAAGAGGAGGUGCCACCUGCCCCGCGAUGCCCCGCCCUACUCGCCCUGCGUCGAAGCUUCUGUACUUCUGCUCACUGUACCUCCCACACAUUUCCGUGUCAAUGCCCUGGUCCUUUUUCCCACACAACCGUGUUCUGCAUGUCCUAAAUGAGACUCCGGGCUCCCGUCCGCCUGGCACACCACGUCUUUGGUGCAGUUCCUUAGGAACAGCUCUGCACGGAAACACCUCUGACUUAUUCCUCUAGCCCAGCCAGGCAUGGGCAGUCCUACAUGCCUCAGCCAACAAGCCCAGUUAGCCGGAGGCAGAAUUAAUGGCAUUACACUGGUGUGAAAACGGGUGUGCAUAAGAAAACACAUGUCUUUUCCCCUAUGUGUGCUCAGUUCUUACCUAUGUUGGGCUUGCGGUAUGUAGGAAUUUGCUCCUGAUUCCUGGGUUUAGGAAAUUUGGAAGGAGGGUUCUGGGCAGUUGCAGGACUUUGAGCCUGAUUUGAAUUACAGCUUGGAGGGGCUCUGUCCUUCCAGGGCGGGAUCACGAUGUGCUUGUGAUAGAAUUAAAUUCCAUAAAAGGACAGUGCCAGUUGUGAGCUUGAGCUUGCAUCUCAGACCACGCACGCUUGCGCGUGCGCACACGCGCGCACACACACACACACACACACACACACACACACACACAAACGAAGUACAGAAAUAUUCCUGCAGGCAGACUCAUCAGGAUAAGCCAAAACAGAAUCUUUUAUUUCAACGCACAGUUUUAAGAUGCUAGUAACUGAGAAAUCUUUAUUUGUAUUACAGUAUUCAAGAGAGACAUUCUGAAAAUGCCAUUCAUUACUUUACUAUGUAAUUUGAUACUGAAAAAUAAAGGAAUUGUGAUAUGGGAAUUCUCUGGCUUGACAUUUUAUGCCCAGCCUUUGUUAGAAUCAGUCCCUUAGGAAGAGAAGUGGAAAUAGUCAGACCUUUGGUAUGAACUCAUUUUAAUUUCCGUAGGGCCACUUCACACCACAUGGCAGCCCAGUGUGGAGUAAUUUACCCAGGAGGAGCUGCAGUUCCCACUGCUAGGAAUAGGCUGGCCAGUGCUGCAGCGUGUUCGGUCGUCCGAACCUGGGCAGCAGCGCUGUCUGAUCGUUGAACAACCCACACAGGGCUGUGGGCAAGGCUAGGGUUGCUCAGCCCUCGUGCCAUUGCUGCUCCCUGGGUUCAGUUGACCAGGUGGGCUGUGACAACGCUGGCCAGGGCCUGCAUGGGCACGAUCGGCCCUCCCACAGCGCUGGAAGGGUCACGUAACCCACAGUGGGCUGCCCUGUCGUUCGCGCUGGGCCAUUGUGCCCCUGUGAUGCUGUGAACAACCCUCACGUAGAAAGGUGGGCGCAUUAUUGACCAAGAAAGACCAUCUUUCCUUUUGAAAGAGCUAGCAGUAAACUGAGGGCACCAAGCGGCGGCAGUGUGGUUGGAUCAGUAAGAUUCCAGUCCAGGGGUUGUUCACGGAGUACUGAAAUGCAGCUCACAGUUGUCUGUAAUGGAGUCUAUUUUGAAGGCAAGGUCGUUGCCUGCUAAUUUUUCUCCCCAUGGGUACUAUCAGAAUCCGCACUUGGGACAUUAUUCAACAGAAAACUUUGCGCAGGCAGAGUUAAGAGGUUAGCUUUCAGAAGAGAAUUCUUGAUCCUUGACAACUUUAAAACAUGCAUUUACAAAAAUGCAAAACAGUGUUUUGGCUCACCUGCUUACAACAUGAUCAAGAAAUUUUGUUGUUUAUACCCAGCUUUCUGCUAAAAGAGUCAAGGGCAAAGAUUUUCAAGUGAGGCAUAGAAUAAGUUGGAGCAGACACCAAUUCAUGGUCACGUUUGGUCUCCCUUCUGAGCAGCUGACACAGUAUUUGUUCCAUGGCAUCCUUGACACGAGAGCUGUGUGUACUGCGCACUAACUCACAUUAUGGGCCAAGUAAAACUGGAUUCUGUGACUUGUAUCGAUGAGAACAGAUUAAAUUAAGCUGCAUGGUU